GUCCUUGUCCAACGAGUCUUACUGCCCCAAAACACGCCCGCGACCCAAGGGCGCACUAUCGACUGCAAAACCCUGCCCGAAACUCUGCCGCUUCGGCCUUGAGUGCUCUUACUACCUUAAACGCGUUGGCUGCAGCAAGGGCUUCCAUGAUGGCUUCAGCGCUGCCAGUGCGAGGCUUGGCUGCCGCGUCCAGCGUCCUGACGGCACCCAGCACGAUCGGCGUGUGCGCCUGCCGCCAGCCCCGCUGCCAGGUCGUGACCACGGCUACCCUGAGGCUCGCAGCCCCCUCACCUGAGUCCCUCAGCUUCACACGCUCCAUCUCAAUCUCCAGCUCCGGCUGCAGCACAAGUUAUUUGCCCCUUCCCGGCCGCCGCACCGGCCUCAGCGGGCGACGCGGCCGCGCCGCUAGCCUAGUCUGCCGCGCCUCCUUCCUCCCAGACGCUGUCGAUGCAACCUUCCGCAACAUCAUCACCAUCAGCGCCGUGGUCGGCAUCAGCUACGCCCUGAUUCUGGGGGCCGCCACGCCCGAGCCCCCCACACCGCCCCCACUCGCGCCAGGCCAGAAGGCGCUGGGCCCCGGCGCUAGCAGGGGGGCCGGCAGUAGCAGUAGCAGCAGCGGCGGCGCUGGCGAGGAUAACUUCGUGUGGGGGCUCAUGGGCUUCAUCAGCUGCCUGCCACUGUUCGGCUGGCUGUCCUGGGCUCUGGCGGCCAUCAGCGAUGAGGACCGCGCGGCACUGUACGGCCUGUACGCCGUACUGUACGGCAGCCCGCUGCUGCUGCGGGGGCUGGAAUGGAACGACCCCUGGGCCAUCACCAUGCUGGUGCUGUGCGUGGCGCACGUGCAGGCGGAACGCAUCGCUCAGACGGAGCCUCAGACGCUGCGCGCCAUCCAGCCAGUGGCGGCGGUGGCGCGGCUGCUGCGCGGCGCGGUGGGCGGCACCGGCUCCCUGCUGUCGGGGCUGGGAGGCGUGCUGGCACAGGACGCAAAGCGGGUUACGCGGCGGCCCGGCGGCCGCUCCGACAGCAGCAGCGGCCCGGCAGCGCUUGGAUCUGGUGAUGACCGGCUGCAGCUGGAUCGCGAUCCGGAUCUGGUCACGCGGGGCGGCCCGAUCCAGGAUCCGCGGCUGGACCCGACCCGUGACCCGGAGCUGGAGGACUACGCAGCGCGGGAGCUGCGGCAGUUUGACGAGCAGCUGCGGGCCGCUGCGGAGGAGCGGCGGCGGCAGCAGCGGGACCAGCGGUAGGCCCUCGGUUGUUGUGGGGCCGACGACAUUCACAGCAAUGGUUUGGCAUGGGGUUGAUACCAGGAUGAUGGUAGUGGCUCGGCAAGGCGUGACUUGGCUGGUAGGUCGCACUGGUAGGUUUGAUGUGCAUUUUGUUACCGUGUAGGUGUGUGUUUUGAUGUGCGGAACGGGUGAUACAGGAGACCGUAAGGACUGACCAGGUUGGAGGAUGACUGACUAUGUUGAACAAGACGACGGUGACUCGGUCUGUUACGGUUGUUUCACUGCGCAUUGCAAGGUUGCCGUUACACAUAUUGUGUUGGGCGCUGGUGUUAAUCUGAAGCAUUGCUUGUGGCGUGUAUGUUUCCUCGAAGUUGGGCGCAUAGCCGCACACCGUGCACGGUGUAGACCCUUUCCUUGUGCAGUUCUCGCGCAGCGUGUAAUGAAGGAUGCAC